AGAGAAGGAGGGAUUGAGAGUAGUAGCUGCAGCAACAGCAGCACACAAACACACACACACCUGCAGCAUUGGGGCAACAGCAGCAGCAGGAGAAGGAGUAAUAAGGGGCUGACUCCAAGCAGGGGAGGGAAAUUGGAAGCUUUCAGUGAGCAGCACAUACACACACACACACACACACAGUGAUCUGCAUUCAGCAAGGACAUCCGCAGACCCAGCAGCAGAAUGUUGUCACCUGUCUCUAUACAGGGGAGCCUGGCAUAGCGGAGUCUCUACUUCCCCAGCACCCCCACCGGCACUGGGCCAAGUGGGUGCUGCACCCUCAGGGGCCUGGUCUGUGACACAUGGUGCGAGAGUGAUCGUAAGAGAAACAAGCCUUGACCACCAUUAACUUCGGAUGUUUAACAGCAGUCUGUGUCUAUAGAAAGCUCUACCAAUAUUUGUGGAUAUAUAAACCUGCUAUGACUCACAUAUGAUGGUCUUCCUUCCAACCAAGGCAACAAAAAUCCUUGCCCUCCCCCAGCUCCCUGUGUGAAAAGUGGGAAGGAUUUAGCCCACAAGCAGGAAAUCAAGCUGGAUAUUGUGUCAGUGAGUAGCCAAGAGAUGCUUCUGAAAUUAGUCCUGUCUUUUUAAGUGAUGGAGUCGGUAUAUCCACUGAAAAAAAGACGCAUGGAUAUUCCAGAAGCACAGGAGAACCUGCAAUACGCACAGGAGGAGCCCUGAAUAAAUUCCUCACUACUUAGGACUAUGCAAACAACCUCAGGAUGGUGUCAGCCAAGGAGACAGAUAUGUACGACGCCAUCUUGGAAACCAAUGAUGGAUCUAGCUCCGAUGCUGGAUGGUACUUCCCAUACCCAUUGGGCUUCCAGGUUUCCCUCACAAGCUUCCUCAUGCUGGAGAUUGUACUGGGCUUUAGCAGCAACCUGACAGUACUUGUGCUCUACUGCAUGCAAUCAAACCUGGUGGACUCUGUGAGCAACAUGGUGACGAUGAACCUACAUAUUCUGGACGUCAUCAUCUGUGUCAUCUGUGUACCACUGACCAUCGUCAUCAUCCUUAUCCCACUUGAGCAAAAUAUAGCUCUGGUGUGCUGCUUCCAUGAGGCUUGUGUGACCUUCAGCAGCAUUGCGACAGCCAUCAAUGUCUUGGUAAUCAGUCUAGACAGAUAUGAUAUUUCCAUAAGACCAGCCAACCGGGUCCUUACUCCCAGCAGGAUGGUGCUGCUUUUGUCCUGUGUAUGGUUUGUUUCCCUCAUGGUUUUCUUCAUCCCAUUUUUUGAGGUUGAGUUUUUUGGAGACCCAGAUCACAUGGCCACAUGGCAAAACCGGACUUUGUUGUGUGUAAGUGUUAAUGAGUAUCACACAGAGCUGGGAAUGUAUUACCACUUAGUUAUACAGAUUCCAAUCUUCUUUGUAGCAGCGGCUGUCAUGCUGGUCACUUAUUCUAAAAUACUCCAGGCCCUCAACAUAAAGAUUGGAAAUCACUUUAAGAGAAGUCAACGUCGGAAAACCAAGAAAAAACAGAAGAGGAAGUCAUCCGACCAAAACACAGUGGGGGAAACCAAGAGACUCGCCCCUCCAACAGUUUCUCAAAACCCACCCAUGAGGGUUCAGGCUUCAGUUUCUGUCAUCAUUGCAUUAAGAAGGGCUGUGAAAAGACAUCGGGACCGCAGAGAACGUCAAAGGCGUGUCUUUCGGAUGUCUCUCAUCAUCAUCACUACCUUCUUGCUGUGUUGGGCUCCUAUUUCCAUUGUCAAUCUUCUCAUUCUUUGUCUGGGCCCCAGUGACCUCCUCGUGAAACUCCGUAUAUGUUUUAUCACCAUGGCCUACGGUACGACUAUUUUCCACCCUCUGGUGUAUGCCUUCACCCGGCAAAAGUUCCGUAACGUUCUGAAAAACAAAAUGAAGAAAAGAGUGGUCUCGGUUCUGCAGGUAGACCCUGCUCCUGGUGGUACUGUUAUACACAAUUCCUGGAUUGAACCCAAAAAAGGAAGGAAAUCGAAGCUAGAGUGCAGCGAUGGGACGGACAGAUGCCUUACAGAUGCAGUAAAGGAAUAAUCACACAAAUGUCAGGGCUGACCAGUAAUAGCCACACAGUAGAGCUGAGCCAUAGCUCUGGAUAAUAGUGCACAAUUUUGUUUUAAAAUUUUAACUAUUUUAUCGCAAAUAUCGCUCGUUAAGGUGCACUACCAUAUUACCUCUGUGGCCUCGCUUGGGCCUAUCCUGUUUAGGAUAAUAAAAUCCAGGUGAUAAAGCUUGCCCGCUAUACAGACUCAACCCCAGUGAGUUCUAUUGUUCUUUGUCUGGCUUUCCUUGGUUUGAAGGUUCACUUGUUAACAAGAAGAAUGCCAUGACGUCUCAAGGAUGUAUACAAGCAAAAAAUCUUUUCAAAAGCAAAGGAAAUGCAAGGAAGUCAGAACUUCAACAGACAGAUUACAAAACUUGUAUUUUUUAAAUAAAUUCUAUGUAAUCAUUUUUUUUUUCUUUCCCUACUGCAACUAUUGGUAUAUAGUCGAGCUGUGAAAAAUAGAACUUUUCAUUGUUAUAAAAUAUAUAUUAGGACGUCAAUUUUCCAGCUUGGCUUCUAUUUUGCUGUUGCUGAACUACAGCCUUCACUAAUGGUAGUUCAACAAAAGCUAAAGGGCCGUUAGGUGGGUCACUUCGGAAACUGUAAAUUCGUUUUUGCACAUUAUUUAAUCUAUUCUUCAGCUUUGUAAAAAGAGAAAACAGAAAAAAAAUAAUAUAUCUCUUUUAAUCGUAUUCAGACACUGGAAAUGAGUUGAGUACUGCUGCUGCCUCCAUAUUCCCAUUCAUCAUGCAGGGUCUCCAGAAUGUGCACCAUGAACAAAGUUAACCUAUUAAUGUAUGUUUCAUGCAUCUAGGGCAAAUGUAUUAGGUUGUUGUCGUUUCACUCAAGCACAAGGGGACAUAAAGUAUGGCAAUAUUGUGUCACAAUGACAAACCCAAGGCAAAGUCAAUGCAAGCCAUCUUCAUGAUUGUUUAGGACACAAGUUCCUUAGUCCAGCCUACCUUGAGCAAAACACCCAAAGUAGAUAUUUUAGCUGGUGUAUAAAGUGGUUUCAGGGUAUGGCAACGACAGCCAAUGUAACUUUCCAUGCUGUGCAAAUUCGAUUGUAGAAUAGAAACGUGAACAUGUCCAGCCAUUUUGUGUAAGUGGUGAUGGCCUAGCCAACUAGGUAGAACAUUUUUCCAAAAGCCUUUGCAGUUUAAAAUAUUUUCUAUUUUUUAGCUAAUACGUUUGUAUACCCCCUCUGCUGCAUGCCAGGGAAUAAGCUCCAUGCAGAUCUAGGGGAAGGUAACCUUCAGUUACAUUUAGAUGAAUAAUGGUCCAAAUUCAUGGACAAAGUGGUGAGAUGCCAUUUCUAGAGAAAGCCUUUCAUUGAUAGACUCAUGAGACGUUUAGCAGGUGACUCAGAAGAAAAGCUCUUUAGUGAGAUGUCGCUAAAGAAAUCAUAGAGCCAUAAAAAAACGGGUUUAAACGGAGCAAGAGUUCAAAGCACAUGAAAACCCAAAAACGUGUCUCUUCUUGAAGGUGUCCACAAAGAAUGUUUGGUCUGCUAUGUCUAUGUUUGUCAUUUGAGUUCCAAACUAACUUUAUAUUACCGAGGUCCACAGGAAUGCUCAGGGCUUUGCAUUUAAUCCCAAAAAUAAUAGGGUGUUGGGCUGAUAAGGAGGGUUAAUCUAGACCCAGGGGAAAUUUUAGUAGAUGAAUUCAUUCAGACUAGUGAUGGGCGAACUUCUCCCAUUUCGCCGAAAAAAUUCGUGAAACGGCGAAAAAAUUGUGAAAAAUCGUGAAAUUGGAAAGUUCACGAAAAAAAUGUAUUCGCCGGCGGCCAGACGUGUAUAUUUGCCACAAAUUUGUGCCAGGAGAAUUUAUUAGCCCAUCACAAAUCCAAACCAUUACAAUAGCACUUGAUAGCGGGAAUCUGACAAACUCCUGUUGAAAAAGAUAUAAAAUUGUAAGGCCCCAAGGUCAAAGGGCAAAUCAUUCCACAGCAUUGGCCUUGACUAUGAGAAAAGCAACAUGCAAGGUUGUUUCAAGUCAUUCUGCUUUUUCUAAAAGAAAAUUGACCUUUCCAUUUACAAUGAGUCAGGCAAAACAGAUAUCAGACAAACAAGAGUACUGCCCCUUAUAAACCAGUUGUUACAGGCCCAGCCCACUCCCUGCUCUCAAUUUAUUAGUAAUUUAAUAAGUGAGAUUUAGUAAAUGUUUCCAAAUCGAGGUACUAAUGUACAGUAUCUUGGGGAGAAGUAUCUGAACGAGUAGCCAUAUAUAAAGGACCACCACCCCUUUUAAUUGCUGUAUUUUUCUUUUUAUUCCAAUAUGAAAAAGGGGUAUUGUUACCGGAUUCACCAGAUUGUAAAAAUGUCUCAGUACUUCCAUCAAGUUUAACUGUUAUUAAAGGGAAUUUAAACUCUUGAAACAAAUGAAGAUAGCAUGGCUAUAUAUGGCUCUCAGUUUUGCUAAAUACAUUACUUUACUUUAGUUUUCAACAUAUUAGCAGUUUUUAGACAUCCAGUAUAAAUAAUUUGAAUCAGCACCAUCCGCUGUUUAGCCCGGCACCAUUUGGCAGAAAAUAAAACUAGUGAGCAGGGAAAAAUCUGAUGUUUCUCUGGUCAGUUCUACGCAGAGCAACAUCACAAGACUUCCCUUUUUUCAUAAACUUAAUUUUCCACCUUCUGGCCAUAACAAAAAAAGAAAAGAAACAGCAGGUGUCACUGCUGCAAAUUCAUUAUUUUAGCAGUGUGAAAAUUGUUAUUAUCUUAAAAACUAGAAAUAGAAGUCAUGUAGACUGCAAAAGUGCCAAGAAGAGCACACCAAACAAUUUUACAUUCAUUUGUUUCAAGGGUUCACAUUAAAAUACUUGGACUCGCAAUGCAGGUUGAAAUCCACUGCAGAACCUGCUAAGUAACAGCACGUACAAUGCCAUAUAUCCCGGGUUCUACAAAGUUCUGUAGUAAUUUAAAGAGAUAGUUUUGUUAUUAUUAUUAUAAUGUCCUUUUAUGAAAAAGAAUUUAACUUUCUUGGUGUAAUGGUUCUCCCCUUCCCAAACCAAACGUAGGGUACAGUGCUCCCAGCUCUUACAGGUUGGCUAUUGUACCCCCAACCCUCCAAUGCCCACUCCUCAACAGACUGUAUUCUAGUGCUGAAAUAGUCACAGUACCUUUAUUUUUUUAUAUAAGAGAUUAAGUCUGACAUUCCAAUGAAUACUUUUCUUUUGUUUAAUCAUAAAUAAAGAGAUAAAUACCA